AUGGACAUUUAUCCGCCCCAAGCUCCACGUGCCUCAGACCUUCGCGCUACCGCCGCCCAGAACCUGGUCAGAUUACUUCUCCCACUGCUCACGGAUGAGGCGGGGCCCUGUUCAGCAACGAUCCAGCCGGCCCAGCUCCAAGAUAUUUCGCUAGAAUCUAGCAGCUGCAGAGAAAUCCUCUCUGCUAUCCAGGCUCUGGUCCCUACCCUAAUACCCAAGAGCCCAAUAUUUGCAACCUUCCAUGACGGUCGGGUGCAUGAUCCGCUCGGCGGCGGUUCCUAUGCCUUCCAGGAAGAUGUCGUCGAGCCCGUCCUGCUUGCUCUCACAAACGACGAGAUUCUCUCAAAUAGCGAGAAGGGGCUUCUGGUUGACAAGCGGAGCAACGCAAUGGUCCCCAACAACUACCCAGGGUGCUCUGUCCAACUCCCAACCCGUCCCAUCGUCAUCCAUGCCGGAGCGCAACCAAAUAACUCUCCUCACGCUGGCACCCUUGUUGUUUUCUGCUAUGCUUUCUCGCUCGCUCAAGAGAUCCGUAAACGGAUGCAGGCCACGGUAGCUAAUACAGACUCGAAGCCGCCUACCAUCUCAGUCGAGAUCACUUUUGUCGACACCGCUCCAGUCCAGGACCACGAGACCACAAUCGGCGGAAUAAAAUACCAAAAAUCUUACAGAAACGUUCCUGGGGCACUUGCCAUCGCAUAUGGCCGAUUAUAUGCAGGUUCUCAAUCUCUUGUCAAACUGGUCUGA